AUGAACAUCGUUAAUAAGUUGAGGCGGAAGUAUGUCUCAUUCAUCAUAUACGUCCUAAUUCUUAAACUUACGACAUGUAAACCAGAAACCACAGGAAGAAUCGAAGGGCCAGUUAUCGGUAUCGACUUGGGCACAACCUUCAGUUGCGUUGGCGUGUACAAGAAUGGUCGCGUGGAGAUCAUCGCAGACGAAAACGGAGACAGAAUCACUCCUUCAUACGUGUCAUUCGUUGAUGGACAUCAUAAAAUCGGAAUGGCGGCAAAAAAUGAGGCUACUGUCCACGCAGAGAAGACAGUGUUUGAUGUUAAGCGCUUAAUAGGACGCGAGUUCCAUGACCCAGACGUCCAAAACGAUAUGAAGAAUCUACCAUACACUAUUAUCAACAAGAAGAACAGACCAUACGUGAGAGUAAACGACACUGAGACGAAGGAAUACGCACCAGAGGAAAUCAGCGCAAUGGUGUUGUCAAGAAUGAAAUCAUUGGCAGAAGCGUAUUUGGGAAAGGAGGUGAAGAAGGCAAUCAUUACAGUACCAGCAUACUUCAAUGACUCCCAGAGACAGUCGACAAAAGAUGCAGGAACAAUUGCAGGCCUGGAUGUUAUUAGAAUUAUUAACGAGCCAACAGCAGCAGCAAUAGCAUAUGGUAUUGACAAAACUAACGAGGAGAGUAAUAUCCUUGUUUACGAUCUCGGAGGUGGCACCUUCGACGUGUCACUUUUGAGCCUCGACAGCGGUGUGUUCGAGGUCAUUGCAACAGGCGGAGACACACACUUGGGAGGAGAAGACUUUGACCGUAGAGUAAUGGACCACUUCAUCAAUAUAUUCAAGCAAAAAACAGGACUUAAUGUCAGAGAUGACAAGAGAGCACUCCAGAAACUGAGGAAGGAAGUCGAAGCUGCCAAGAGGCAACUCUCAACCAAGACUGAAGUAACCGUUGAGAUUGAGGACCUUUUGGAUGGCAAGGACUUUAGCGAGACCUUGACUCGCGCGAAGUUCGAGGCACUAAACGAGGACCUGUUCGAUAAGACCAUGGACACCGUCAAGUCUGUCCUCAAGGAGGCCAAAAUGACCAAGUCUGACAUUAACCAGAUUGUUUUGGUUGGUGGCUCAACGAGGAUUCCAAAGGUUAGGGAAAUGAUCAGGGACUACUUCAACAAAGAACCUGACGUCAGCAUCAACGCCGACGAAGCAGUUGCGUACGGUGCCGCCAUGCAAGGUGGUAUCUUGACUGGUGAAUCAUCCCAAGAUUUAUUACUUUUGGACGUUUGUCCACUAUCACUAGGUAUUGAAACCGUUGGAGGAGUGAUGAGUAAGAUUAUUGAGAGGAAUACUAUGAUACCCGCAAACAAAUCACAAAUCUUCAGCACAUACUCCGACAACCAAACUGUAGUGACAAUCAACGUGUUCCAGGGUGAAAGACCCCUAACUAAGGAUAAUGUACCACUAGGUAAAUUCGACCUUACUGGAAUACCACCUGCCCCGAAGGGUGUUCCCCAAAUUGAAGUCACGUUCAACAUUGACACCAACGGUAUACUCUCAGUCACUGCACAAGAAAAGGGAAGCGGAAACACAAAGAACUUGGUAAUCGAACCAAAGAGCGGAAGACUGAGCCAGGAGGAAAUUGAACGUAUGGUUAGAGACGCAGAGGAGAACGCAGAGAAGGACAAGGAAGUGGCAGACAAGAUUAUGUCCAAGCAGUCCUUGGAAAACUAUAUCGACAGUAUGAGGCGUACACUGAAGGAGGAAUCAGUAUCAUCCAAGCUUUCCAAAUCCGAAGUAACCAAACUUAAAGAAGAACUCGAUGAUGCUAGUAACUGGCUUGGCUCGCACCCUGACGAAGAAGCACAAGAAUAUAAGGAUAAACUCUCACACCUCGAGUCUGUAUGUAGUCCAGUAGUUUCCAAGCUCUACUCACAACAACACAAGGACACUGAACAGGAAGACGCAUCCUACUCUGAAGAAUUGUAA